AUGAAGGUGAUUGCAUACUCUGAGCGGCGCUACAGGAUAUUUGGUGAGACCAUCGACAUUGCAGUGGGCAACUGCCUGGACAGGUUUGCCAGGGUGAUAAAGAUUUCCAAUGAUCCCAGCCCUGGGUACAACAUUGAGCAGAUGGCCAAGAAAGGUACACAGUAUGUGGAGCUUCCAUACACGGUGAAGGGGAUGGACGUGUCAUUCUCUGGGAUUCUAUCCUAUAUCGAGGAAGCAGCUGGGAAGAUGUUGAAAUGUAAUCAGUGUACAGCAGAAGACCUGUGCUUCUCCCUACAGGAGACCCUGUUUUCCAUGCUGGUGGAGAUCACAGAGAGGGCCAUGGCUCACUGCAGCUCCCAGGAAGUGCUCAUCGUUGGAGGCGUUGGCUGUAAUCUGCGUCUGCAGGAGAUGAUGGGAGUCAUGUGCAAGGAGAGGGGUGCAAAGCUCUUUGCUACAGAUGAGAGCUUUUGUAUCGAUAAUGGAGCAAUGAUUGCACAGGCUGGCUGGGAGAUGUUCCGAUCCGGUCAGACAACUGAGCUGUCAGACUCAUGGAUCACUCAAAGGUACAGAACAGAUGAAGUGGAGGUGACCUGGAGAGAUUGACAGCUCACUACCCAACAGGCUGCAACUUGCACCCACCUUCCCUUUACCUGGAUUGUAUGUGUUGUGUCAUGAUGGGAAAGAAUGUAGAAAUAUUCUAUGCCUCACUUCUAUCGUUCUGAACUCCUCAACACAACAGUUUUUAGCCACACUCAUUAGUAUUUUAGGCCUAGAUUAAAUCCGGACUGCAGAAAAUCUGCGCUAUAGUGCGAUUGAAAUGUAAAGGCAAUGUUACCGCAUUUGGAGAAAACACCUUUAUCUUUUGAUCUUUUUUGGCUUUCUCUAGCGCUGGAUUCAAUCUGUAUCGCAGAAGAUCCGCAUUAAAAUAAGUCAUUUCUGAUUGAGCCAAGAUAUGCAGCGUUUACCGUGAAUGAAGUCUCCGAACGCGGGAACUAUGCCUUUAAAUGUCAAUAUAAUGCAGCUCUUCCGCGAUACGGAUUUAAUCCAGCCCCUAGUCCACAAUAUAGCCGCGUUUAUACCUGGUGUUAACGUGUCCUUAUCUUGUCAACAUUCUGUGCAAAUAUAUUUUUUAACAAGUGUAUACGAUUAAAAUAAGUACCUCCGGA